UCCUGUUGCACUGGGAGGUUGGCCGGUGUUUUUCCACACAUGGUCACCCAUUUUAAGAGACAAAGGUCAGAAAGAAAACCUUAUAAAUAACAUUUACCGCCGUAAGUCUCACUAUUCAACACGCCGUCCACCGUACUACACUGAAGGGACUGAUCAAUUCUAAAGGAAUAAAAUAAAUUCAAGCCAAUACAGCAUGGCACAGAAAGAGAAGCUCCAGUGUCUGAAGGACUUCCAUAAGGACACGCUGAAGCCUUCCCCAGGGAAGAGCCCGGGUACCCGGCCCGAGGACGAGGCAGAGGGGAAGCCCGUCCAGAGGGAGAAGUGGAACUCCAAGCUUGACUUUAUCCUGUCCGUCGCUGGGGGCUUCGUGGGUUUAGGGAACGUCUGGCGUUUCCCAUACCUCUGCUAUAAGAAUGGCGGAGGUGCAUUUCUCAUCCCGUACUUCAUCUUCCUCUUUGGCGGAGGUCUCCCUGUGUUUUUCCUGGAGGUGGCCCUCGGACAGUACACCUCCGAGGGUGGGAUCACCUGCUGGGAAAAACUUUGCCCCAUCUUUACUGGUAUCGGCUACGCUUCGAUUGUGAUCGUGUCCCUCCUGAACAUCUACUACAUAGUGAUCCUGGCCUGGGGUUUGUACUACCUGUUCCAGUGCUUCCAGCCGGAGCUGCCCUGGGCCAAGUGUAAGAACUCCUGGAACACAGACCGCUGUGUGGAGGACACCGUCCGUAAGAACAAGACCCUGAUGCUGGCCGCUAACAUCACCAACUUCACCUCGCCCGUCACCGAGUUCUGGGAACGUAACGUCCUUAGCAUCUCCAGUGGCAUCGAUGAAAUCGGGGAGGUCAAGUGGGACCUUGCUCUGUGUCUGCUGGGGGUCUGGAUCAUCUGUUUCUUCUGUAUCUGGAAAGGAGUCAAAUCCACUGGGAAGGUUGUGUACGUCACUGCUACCUUCCCCUUCGUCAUGCUGAUCAUUCUGUUGAUCCGCGGCGUUACUCUGCCAGGAGCAUCUGAAGGAAUCAAGUUCUACCUGUACCCAGACCUGGAACGUCUCAAAGACCCUGAGGUUUGGAUCGAUGCAGGCACUCAGAUCUUCUUCUCCUAUGCCAUCUGUCUGGGAGCUAUGACGUCACUGGGGAGCUACAACAAAUACAAAUACAACUGCUAUAGGGACUGUUUGCUGCUGGGAGGCCUCAACAGCGGUACCAGUUUUGUGUCUGGCUUCGCAAUAUUUUCCGUCCUGGGCUUCAUGGCACAAGAGCAAGGGGUGGACAUUGCCGAUGUGGCAGAGUCAGGUCCUGGCUUGGCCUUCAUUGCCUAUCCUAAAGCUGUGUCUAUGAUGCCGCUGCCAACCUUCUGGGCUAUUCUCUUCUUCAUCAUGCUUCUGCUACUGGGUCUCGACAGUCAGUUUGUGGAAGUGGAAGGACAGAUCACCUCCUUGGUGGAUCUGUAUCCCUCCUUCCUAAGGAAGGGUUACCGUCGGGAACUUUUUAUAGCAACAGUGUGCUCCAUAAGCUAUCUUCUGGGACUUACCAUGGUUACUAGGGGUGGCAUGUAUGUGUUUCAGCUCUUUGACUACUAUGCAGCCAGCGGCGUGUGCCUUUUGUGGGUUGCAUUCUUUGAAUGUAUUGCUGUAGCCUGGGUUUAUGGCGUUGAUAAUUUCUAUGAUGCGAUUGAAGACAUGAUUGGCUACAGACCAAAUGCCUGGAUGAAAUGGAGCUGGUCUUUUAUCACACCUCUUCUUUGUGUGGGUUGCUUUGUCUUCUCCUUGGUCAAAUACAAACCUUUGACUUACAACAAGGUCUACGAGUACCCCGACUGGUCCAUCGGUGUGGGCUGGACUCUGGCCCUGGCUUCUAUGAUCUGUAUUCCUAUGGUGGUGGUCAUCAAGAUCAUCCAGUCCGAUGGACCACUCAUAGAGAGGAUCAAGGCUGUGGCAGCUCCGCUGGGAGGUGCUAGCUCCCGUCCAGUCGACCACCGUCCCAAGGGCAUGUCCGCCGAGCUGGCCUACCCCCUGGACCCUAACGGGAACAACGGCCUGAUCAAGCCCACCCACACUAUUGUAGAAACUAUGAUGUGAGCGCUCUCUGUGAGAGGAACGAAUUUUAAAAAAGGAAAAAAAGAAAAAAAAAUGACCCGCUUUCUAUGUUAUUAUACUAUAUUAUCACUAAACUAGUUAUAGGACCAGGUUUACAUUGCUAUGUAUCUGCACUAGGAGUCUUCUUUUUGUUUUUGUUUUCUACAGAGGAAGUUACAUUAUUGGUUUCCUGUCUAUGUUUUUAAUAUUUUUUAUUAAACUAUUGUUAUUAAUAUUACUGUUAUUACGAUUAAUGUAGUUAGAAGGAAAUGUAGAUUCCCAUGCCACUUGGAGCAAGCAGAAUCAGUACAUGGUCCAUUUUUACUUCUUCUUUCCUGUAGAACUAUAAGCGGUCGUCUCUAUUUUAGGAAUCUUUUUUUUUUUUUUUUAAGAGAAGAAAAGACAAUAGAAAAAGGGCCGUAUAAAACCGUAAGAACUAAAUGUGUGUCAUGUUUUGAGCAGUAACAUUUGACUAUGUCAUGUUUGUAUCUAGAUCAACCUAGCCCCUCUCUCUUCUCAGCUUAACUAAUGUCUAUAGUACGAUAAUAUCGUGGAGCUGGUGCCCCCUUGUAUACAGUGAGAUUAGUCGAGUGUUGUUUGUCGUCGAUGUUUGUUGUAAAAUUACAACUGAACCUGAACGUACCUCCACUACUAGACAGCGUUCAUGGUCCAGAGCAUCUCAUCUACAGUUGCUAAAAAGUUAGGGUUUUAAAAUCCUGCCCCGGUCUGCAAUACUGGUUUUUGACACAACUAUUUGCUAAAAGGUACUUGAGCACCUUGCAGCAAUUGUUCUGUCUGUAUAAAUAACACUGCAGUACAACCUAGCUUUUUAGUGCCGGCAACUGUACCUGGCUCUGACUGUGGAGGUACAAACCUGUCCUCCUUGUACAGUGUCAAGUGUACAUACAUACAGUCAGCCCAACUCCAUUUUAAAGUAGACUAUACUAUGCUGGUGAAGGACACUACUGCUACAUGCCAUCCAUUCCAGUGCAAACAGUAGCUACAUCAUACGUCUUUCAAGUCUGUGAUUAAUUAUUUGCACUAAGUAACGAAGUGAGUUUUUUUUCUUUAUUCUUAGUGUUUUAGUCUGUUGUUGUAUCGCUGGCUAUAGAUAGAGGACAUGACAUAGUGGCAAGUUAAUAGCAAGCACAACAUCACACUAUAUAAUGCAUAUAGCAUCUCUUUAGUCUGUCUCUCUAAUGGAUUGACAGGAGCCGAAAGGACCUGCCAUAAUAACUUUAUGCAUUCAUGUAAACUCCCCAUACAGUAAAUAUUGAUCAUCAAUCGCAAAUAUUGAUUAAGGAACCAUUCAAAAUGCAAGCAGACUGCUUCUCAAUCACAUCAAUCAGAUCUUUCUAUUGAAUUAUUAUUAUUAUAUUAUUAACAUUAUUAGUACAGCUUUUCAAAGAGGCAGAAACAAUUUCUAUUGAAUUUCUGCAGGCUAGGUCAUUGUACAUUCUGAUGUAAUGAUAACACAUAUGGUAAUUGACUAAUAUACUAACUUAUACUAUCCACUUCCUCCAGCCUUUUCACACUCCCUAUCUAUCGGUUGUCAUAUCUUAGUUUAGUUUUAAAUAUUAUAUUAGUACAGCUUUUCAAAGAGGCGGUAACAAUUCAAACAAAAGCCUGUUGGAAUUUGAAGCGUUUACAAUUCACAAUGCAAAAGAUAUUCUUCUUAGAAUGGAAUGUUGAAAUGUGAAACCACAUGUAGUGAAACUGAACCUUCGAUUAAUUUUAUUGAUUCUAUUCCAUAAAAAUUUGAAAAAUCGUAUUUUUUUCCCCCCUGGGGGUAUAAAUUCAGAACGUUUAGUUUAUUGUACUUUGAUUGUUUUUCAAUCACGUUUUUGCCUUUUUGUAUUCAAAAUGUAAAAUGACCACCCCGUCUCCAGCUACUAAUAAUUCCUGAGGAUGAAUCGUCAUUUAACAAUUUACUGUUAAUCAACAAAACUGCAAUUUGUAAUGUGCAAUACUUCGUAGAGAAAGAUAAGUAUUUUUUCACUCUGUUUUUCAAAUAGGUGGUACUUUUAACUUUGUAGAGAGAAAUAAAAAAAAUAAAAAACUUGCUUAAACAAGGCAAGAGACAAAAUUACGACAAUUUCAGGGGCCAAUGAAAACCUACCACAAAAUCUUAUGCCAUAAUAUCAACAAAGAAACAACGUUCAAUGCAGUAGUAUCGCUUUCUGUCAUAACACACAGAAUUUGAUUCAUCUUUAUCAAAAUUUUUACAUGUUUUAAAGUAUCUGGAGUUGCAAUGAAAAGUUAUCCUGCCAUUUUAUAAUGACUAUCCCAAAUCUGAUUUGGUAGUCGGAAUUGGCCUGUGAGGUAAAGGUGACAUUCUGAAAUGAUGCUGCCGCCAAACAUAAGCCUCUCUAUCUACAGUAGUGCUGUUUGUUUGUACAGAAGAUGUAUUAUGUCGCACAGAAACGAACCGCUAGUUGUUAGCUAGCUAGGUACCUGUAACAAACCGCUAGUUGUUAGCUAGCUAGAUACCUGUAACAAACCGCUAGUUGUUAGCUAGCUAGGUACCUGUAACAAACCGCUAGUUGUUAGCUAGCUAGGUACCUGUAAAAAAAAAUAUGCUAGUAGUUAGCGAGCUAGGUACCUUACAGGUGUUGUAUCAAAGAAGCUUACUGAAAAACCAAAUGAGAAUACAUUAUUACAGUGAAGAUAUUGACACCCAGUCCCGUCGCUGGAGAUUGGAGAAGUCUCCUUGUGUCCUAAAUGGCACCCUAUUCCUUGCAUAGUGAACUAAUUUUGACAUAGGUCCCUGGUCAAAAGUAGUGCACUAUAUAGGGAAUAGGGUGCCAUUUGGAUCGCAUUCUGCAUUUGCAUUGAGAUUAGCUGUCUAUAAUCAGACAGGCUACUGAUCCCUACAGAUAGAAAACAUAAUGUUAAAGUUAUUUAGCUCUCCUGCCUCAUACAUUACAUGUCAUUACAUACCAGCCCAUCCUUUUUAAGAAUGUACAAGGGGAAAUGUUUUUAAUCCAUGAAGAAGAAACAUUUUUCAAAUACAAUUUGAAAGAUUUUAUUUUUUAUUUCUAUGGCGCUAAAUAACCUGUAAAACAAAAAUGUGUGUUUAAAACAGGGUUUUACUGAGAAAAAACAUUAAACCUUUUUAUUUCUUAAUAAAAUAAAAAAAAACAUUUUUGGAAAAAA